AUGUUCUGGUCGAAACUGCUGUCGAUAAUAGCCUCCUUCGCCAUGUCGUUGGCUGCGGGCCUGUCCAUUUGCGCAGCUCUUUUCAUCGCUUGGAACUUGACACACUUCCUUAAGCAGACUCAUCUGCAUAACAUACCCGGGCCUGCCUUGCAGAAAUACUGGUGCGGCAAUCUUAGAGAAGUCUUCAGUUUGCAGGGCUGGGACUUCCAUGCCCGCAUGCCGCUUGAGCAUGGAAGAGUCUACAAGCUAUGGGGAUUCUUUGGUGAUGCCAUGCUUCACAUCAGUGACCCCAAGCCGCUUUACAACGUCCUGAUCAAAGAUGCUGACGUCUGGGAAGAGACGGACGCGUUCAUCCAGUCCAAUUCGUUGUUCUUCGGGCAGGGUCUGUUGAGCACGCUCGGAGCGCAUCAUCGCCGCCAGCGCAAGCUAAUCGGCCCUCUGUUCUCCAUCAACCAUAUGCGAUACAUGCUUCCCAUAUUCUACAAAAUCUCUCAUCAGGGGAAUCCGUAUCUUUUCAAACAGUUCGAGGAUGUUUUGAAAGCUGAAACUGCCAAGGGUCCUCAAGAAGUGGAUGUUUUGAACUGGAUCACUCGCGUCGCAUUGGAAGUCAUUGGGCAAGGCGGGCUCGGAUACUCGUUUGAUGCCCUCAACCCGAACUCCGCAAAUAGCCGUUACGUCAAGGCCGCUAAAAUGCUCUUCCCUACAGCCGGCAAGAUAGGUUUGAUAGGGCAAUCGCUUCCUUAUUGGACGAAGCUUGGUAGUGCAAAAUUCCGUCAAUGGGCUGUGCGAUACGUCCCAAUGCAGGACAUCAACACUCUGGUCAAUUCAGCUACGAUCAUGGACGAAACGUCUAAGAGGGUCUUUGCGGAGAAGAAAGCGGCUCUGGAGAAGGGAGAAGAUGCGGCCGUCGCUCAGAUGGGCGAGCAAAGAGAUAUCAUGAGCACUCUGCUGAAAGCAAAUCUGACCGCAGACGAAGCUGACCGGCUGUCGGACGUUGAUUUGUUGGGACAAUUGAACACUCUCAUGUUCGCCGCCAUGGACACGACAUCCUCCGCCUUGUCACGCGCCCUACUAAUGUUGUCUCUGAACCCAGAGGUGCAGGAGAAGUUGCGUCAGGAGCUUACCACUGCUCGCCGAGAAGCAGGGGGUGAUUUGGACUACGACACUCUCCAAGAGCUUCCACUCUUAGAGGGCGUUUGCAGAGAGACCCUACGCGUAUUCCCUCCUCUCACCUAUAUUCCGAGAAUUGCCCGCAAAGAUACCGUCCUGCCGCUGAGCAGUCCACUCAGACUGAACGAUGGAACAACCGUCAAUGAGAUCGUCACUCCUAAGAACACAAGUAUCUUCGUCGGAAUCAAGGCUAUCAACACAGACGUUGGCAUUUGGGGGCCUGAUGCGACUGAGUGGAAGCCCGAACGAUGGCUGUCGCCUCUUCCGGAUAGUGUCACUAACGCUCGUGUUCCGGGAGUAUACUCCAAUCUAGGUACAUCCGAGGCACUCAUCACUGCUCACAACGGUAGCUUGACCUUCAUGGGAGGAGGGAGAUCCUGCAUUGGCUUCAAGUUCUCCGUGAUGGAAAUCAAAAUCGUCCUCUCCGUCAUGAUCCCACUGUUCCAGUUUUCACCCACGAAGAAGAAGAUCGACUGGCUUCUGGGCCCAGUGGCUGCACCCGUGGUCUCUGGAGAGAGAUAUCCGUCCAUGCCUUUAGUUGUCUCGAGGAUAGCAGGUGCGGAAGCUUAG